AUGUCUUUGACCUGGACUCUACCUACCUAUAAGAAUCAAAUAGGGGGUCUUCCUAGAUCCAUAUUCACUUCAGCUAUCUUACUAAAAAAUACCAGAUCGGGUGUAAUUCGAAGAACUCGAAAUAUGUCAGAACCGCUAACAUACGAACAGGCAAAAAAACCACACCAGAUAGGUGUACUCAAAUCAUGGAACUCCUGGAAUACAGCAAAUUUAAACGGCGAAACGCAUUACACAGGAAUCGUGACCUGGCAUGAUUCUCUCAUCCGCUUAUUUAUUAGAGGAACUUUCCCUACCCACCUUGCGAGUGAGGUUAUUAUUCGACGUCAAGCUAACAUGGUUCACAUUUGCUUUCUUUUAUCAAAUCGUCUCUCCACUAACGAGAUCUUCUUCCUCAUUGGUUAUGGAGAGCAAAUGCUCUCCAUGUUACUACGCUGUCCGGUCAAAAUCGAACCUCGAAUGGUACUAAAUCCCAAGGAUGUUAUAUUCCGUUAUAUAUGA